AGGCUGAGGCGGAGCACUACAGGUAUGCAGAGUGGAGAGAGAGCGAGCGAGAGAGAGAAAGAGCGAGAGAGAGAGGUUGACGUUACCUGGCUGGCUUCACUCUUCAUCAGACGACCCUGAAUCAGGAUGACCACCCCAAACACUUCCAGCUUCACUAACAGCAGUGCUCAAUACCGCUGCAAGUUCAACGAAGACUUCAAGUAUAUCCUGCUCCCUGCUGGCUAUGGCCUGGUUUUUGUGGUCGGCCUGGUGCUUAACAUCACUGCCAUGUAUGUCAUCCUGUUCCGGAUCAAGCACUGGAGCCCGAACACCAUCUACAUGAUCAACCUGACAGUGUGCGACACCCUCUACAUCCUCACGCUGCCCUUCCUCGUCUAUUACUAUGCCGAUAAGAACAUGUGGCCCUUCAGCGAGGCAUUCUGCAAGCUCAUCCGUUUCCUCUUCUACACCAAUCUCUAUGGCAGCAUCCUCUUCCUCAGCUGCAUCAGCAUUCAUCGCUUUCUGGGCAUCUGCCACCCCGUGCGUUCCAUGCAGUGGGUCAGUGCCCGGCGCGCCCGACUGGUUUCAGUGGGCGUUUGGGCGACUGUGCUGGUCUUCCAGGCUCCUGUGCUCUACUUCUCCAGAACCAGAAAUGCUGGAAACGAGUUGGUCUGCCACGACACCACAUCUGAGGAGCUCUUCAAUCACUUCUUGGUCUACAGCUCGGUAGUUUCCUUCCUCUUCUUCGUGCUUCCCUUCCUGGUGGUGCUGGUGUGCAACGGUCUGAUGGUGCAGAAGCUUUUGGAGCCCGACUCCGUCGGAGGGCCCACAUCCCAGCGCUCCAAAAAGAAAUCAGUGAAGAUGAUCAUCAUCGUCCUGCUGACCUUCAUGCUCUGCUUUCUGCCCUUCCACCUGACCCGGAGCCUGUACUACUGCUUCCGCCACCUGCAGGUCAGCUGCGGCCUGCUGGAGGGAUCCAGCAUCGCCUACAAGGUCACCAGGCCUCUGGCCAGCGUCAACAGCUGCAUCGACCCCAUCCUCUACUUCAUGGCUGGCCAGGGUUUCCGAAGAAGCAUGACAAAAAAGGUCAGGCAAGGCCAGAGGAUUGAGAAAGCAAAAUCUCUCUCAACCGCAUUGUGAGCGAAAGAGAUUAGCCAAACGUUUGGACUAUGAAGAUUGGAAUGAAAAUCAUGAAGCUUUGAAGCUGGAAUAUAAUGAUAAAGAGACACAUUUAACAAAAUGGCAUACAUUGUAUUUGUGAAGGUAUGCCUAACUUGUAUCUAUGUAGGUGCACUUUAUAGGUUUUAAAUUAUUGUAGCCAACUUGUUGCUGCAGUUUAUCAGACCCCUUUACCCUAUUACUCACUGGAAAGGGUCCAGCUGACCAGAUAUAUACACUGUGUCUAAAUGUCUGUAGACACUUUAAUGUCACUAAUGGCGUUCAGCUGUGCACAGCUUGUAUAAACUCCACAGAAAAAAACACUGACCAAUAGAACUGGAUGCACUGGUGCAGCCCCCAGCACUGGACUGUGAAGCAGUGGAACGGUGUUCUGGUGGAGUGAUGGAGCUCCAAAGCCUUUGGGACGAGUUCUAGUGAUGCAGAACUGAUCAUCCAACAUCAGUACCUGAUCUGACUAAUGCUCUUGUAGCUGCAAUCAAAUCCUCACAGCAAUGUUCCAACAUAUAGUGUAAAAGCUGUUACUGCAGCAAAGUUGGACAAACUCCCAAUUAACACCCAUUCAUUUCAGAAGAAAGGCUGUUGAAACGCUAAAACUGAAACUGUUCAUGCGUUAUUUAACCUUUCCAGUUAUUAUUCAACAAGUGACAUGUUGUUCCAGAACUUUCUACCAACGAUUUAAUGGCAGCAUUUUAGGAGUGUUUCCAGGAAUUAAUGCGGCAACGAGAAUGAAGGCCGCUUUGUGAGUUGAACCUGCGGUAAAGGUGUGUCUGAGCUGUCAUUAGCACUACAAAGGAGUAUUAACCUGUUCAUGAGCAGAAAUAAUUAACCAGCUCUUGCUGAGGCCCUGCUGAGACAUGCUUCAGCAUGAAAAACUGGUGAGGUGGUAUGGUGAGGUGAGGGACUGGGCAAAACAGAGCACAUUUGAAAAUAUGCACAGCUGGUGACACGUGCAUUAACAAUUAUUACAAAGAGAUGGACCUAAAUGUUCAUUUUUCACUUGAUCUUUUCUUUUGGUAUCUCCAUAGAUUGACUUAUAUAAAACCAAAAGGAGAGGAUUCUUAAGGUCAUAAUUUAAAUAGUCACGGCUUUGAAACUACUACAAGUGUGGUUAUAUUAGUUUAGGGCCCUAAAGCAGAGGAAGAUUAUAAAAUUGCAUGUUAUAGCCACCGAUAUCAUUCAAAACAGGCAAAACAAAUGUGUGUGAAAUGUUAUUUCUUUCAUACAGCCUGGGGUCAAACUGACUCCCAAAGAACACCAAUGAGCAAAAAAUGUGUACUGGACAAUUAUAACACUACAUUACACAGAGGCAAAAAAUAGAGAGAAGGUUAAUGUUAUGUUUAAUGUCUCUAAAUAAUUGAUUGACAUCUUUUAUUAUUUAAUUAAAUUCAUAUUUAAUGACUUCCUAAUUUACUGGGGACAGCUGGGUAAACAUAAAACACACACACACAAUAUAUGCAAAGUGGAAGC